ACCUCGCUCCGGUGUGUCACAUUAUUCCGCACCAAUCGUACUUGUUCUCUGCGAAUUAUCGGCACCAAUACUUGCGCGUCCAUGACGUUCACGUCAUACGGUACAUGAUCAACAAGCACAAAAAAAAAAAGAAGAGGAAAUAAUAAAAAACCGGCCGCGACGUAAAGAGAUUUGUAAGAUCGUGCUCUUCUCUUUUGGACUUAUUACGAUGAUUUGCUGAAAAGUGAAGAACCCGAGCGUCGAGAAUGGAGCACACGGGACAAGUGCUCUCCGCGAUUCUUAUCCUGUCGGUGCUGCAUUGCACAACGUCAACGUAUUUCGGUGAUGUGUCCGCGCGGCAGGUCGACGAGCCCUCCAAAAUCGGUUGGCUCUUCUCCGCCAGCCCCGUUGUUCGGGCCAAAAGGAUCGCUGACAUCGCUGUAUUCGAGCACAAGAGAGAAUCCGAGGACGAUGGUUCACCCAGGAUCAUUAACGGCCAGUGCCGCGAUAAGUUGAAUCGCCUUUGCGGUGAUAUAAUUAGGAAUAAUGAUAAAAAGGAUGAGCUUAUGCUGCUCGAGUGCAUUCAGACUUUCAAGCCCACCGAGAUAUCCGGGAUCAAUCAGAAGUGUCAGGAGGCGAUUUGGUCCUACAUCCAGAACAUCACAGAUAAUCAAAACAUAGAAAGGCUAGCCAGAAAGGCGUGCGGCACGGAAUUGGAAAGCUUGCAGUGCUCCAGCUCCGACAAGAUCCACGGGGCUUAUCUGUCCUGCCUGAUCGACAAGCGAGAGACGGUCCGGGAUCCCGACUGCAUCACUUACAUUCAGAGAUUGGAGCGGAUUGCCUUCAGCGACUUCAGACUUCUCACGCCCUUCAAGACGGACUGCUCUGGCGAUAUCAAAAAGUUCAGCUGCGACAGUCAGCAGCCGUACAGAGAUAUAUCGCAAGGUCAGAUAUUAGCCUGCCUGCAAGAACACGUCGAGCAACUGCAGCACGAGUGUAGGAGGCUUAUUCUCCAUGUGUCCGAGAUCCAAGCUGAGAAUAUCAAACUGGAUCGUCAGUUGUACAUGGCGUGUAAUAACGAUCGCAUUAACUUCUGUCCUACCAUUCGAUCGGGCAGCGGUCAAGUCUACAAAUGCUUAAUGAAAUAUAAAACCGACAGAUCGAUGAGUGCACAGUGUCAGGAGCAAUUAACGAGGAGAGAGAAGCUCAUUGCUUCUGACUAUAAGAUUAGCAAGGGUCUAGUUAAAGCGUGUAAGGAGGACAUCAGGAAUAAUCACUGCAGGCGGUCCGUGUCCGAGGACAAGGAGAUCAAGCUGGCGCAGAUCUUGCUUUGUCUGGAGUCGGCAAUGAAAAACGGCAGCAAAAUCGACGGCAAUUGUCAGGCGGAAAUGUUUGAUCACAGGAAACUACUAAUGGAAGAUUACAGAUUGUCGCCAGAGAUUGUGCACAAAUGUGCCAACGACAUUACGAUUUUUUGCAACAGUCUCGAGGUCGGCGGCGCCACGAUACACUGUUUAAUGGAGCAUACGAGAACGAGGAAGAGGAAAUCGAGAGUCACGCCGGAAUGCCAAAGAGCGUUGGAGGAGCUAAUUAUGGAAGCUGAUGCCGGCGAAGAUUGGAGAAUUGAUCCGGUUUUAAGAGAACAGUGUCAACCUGUGGUCAAUUUAGCUUGUAGAGAUGUGCACGGCGGAGAUGCUAGAGUGAUAUCUUGCUUAAUGGAACAACUGGGAACGGAGAGGAUGACCGAGGCCUGUGAGACGGCUUUAGUGCAAAUACAGUAUUUUAUUGCUAGAGAUUUCAAACUUGAUCCACAAUUGUACAGAGCGUGUAAGUUUGAUGCCGUACGUUUGUGUCAUGCAAGAAACGCAUGGACCGGCAAUGGCAAACAAAUGGAUCCUGAAACUGGGCCUCUGGUACUGCCAUGUUUAUAUCGGCAUGUGUACCAGAAAAAUAUGACAUUAAGAGCGGAUUGUUUGGAAGAGAUUAAAAGAAUCAUGAGGCAACGUGCCAUGAAUGUCGACUUGCAACCCGAGAUAGAAGAAGUGUGCUUUAAUGAACUGGCAUCACUUUGUUACGACAAAACUGCGAAGGGAGAAGAGAUUCUAUGUCUGCAGGAUAAUUUAGAGAACUUGAAAGAAAAAUGCAAGUUUGCAGUUGGAAACUUUACUGAGGAACAAGCAGAGCGUGUUGAGUUGAAUCCCAUAAUUUCUUCUGCGUGCCAACAUAUUAUGGAACGUCACUGCGAGGAGGUAUUAAAAUAUGGAAAAGACGAAGGCGAUAUGAUGGAAUGUCUGAUCGAGCAUAAAAACGAGCUGGACGCGCGCACCGAUUACAAAUGUAAAGCAGCCGUGGAACAUUUCCAACUGAUAUCUUUGAAGAAUUAUCAUUUUACGUACAAAUUUAAGGAGGCAUGCAGGCCUUACGUUAAGAGAUGGUGCACUAAAUCAAAGACGAAAGCCAGUGUGAUAGACUGCUUAAGCUCAAUCGUGCAGGAAGAUAUAAUGAAAGACUCGCAGCAUCGUGUGAUGAAGGAUUGCAGGCAACAGCUGCGGGCGCAACUUUAUCAGCAGCGAGAGAAUAUCAAUUUUGAUCCUUUCUUGCAAGCAGCCUGUGCACCAGACAUUAAACAGUUUUGUUUUAAUGUGGAACCCGGCAAUUCACAGGUAUUAGAGUGCCUGGCAUCGCACAAGUCUAAACUAUUGGACAUGUGUCAUAAACAGCUGUUUAAGGUGAGGAAACAGGAGUUUCAAGAUAGCUCCAGUGAUGUUCCUUUACUGAGCAUCUGCCGGGCUAUGAUCAAGCAGUAUUGCCAUGACGUGAGCAAAUCACAAACUUUGGAUUGCCUUAAGAAAUACAAAGACGAGCUCACUUUCGACGAUAAGUGCAAAAACAUUGUGGUUCGAAGAAUGAUUGAACAAAAUACGGAUUAUAGAUUUAACACGGCACUGCAAAAUGCGUGUGGCAUUGACAUCGACAGACAUUGCAAAGAGGUUUUGAUACACGAGCGCACUGACAAAGAACUUGAAGGAAAGGUGAUUAGAUGUUUGAAGAUCAGAUUUCGGGAAUCGAAGCUGAUGACUAAAUGCGAGCACCAAAUGGCUAAUAUUCUCAGAGAAGCUGCAUUAAAUUAUCAUUUAAAUCCGUUAUUAGCAACGAUGUGCGCGCACGAGAUUGAAACUAUAUGCCGAUCGGAUGAAAACGAACCUGGUGCUGUUGAAGAGUGUCUUAAAAGGAAAUUCAAUGCUGGAAAUAGAGAUAUGAGGGAAGAAUGUCGUUUGGAGGUCGCAGAUCUGAUAGAACAAACCAAAGCUGAUAUCAAUGUGGAUCCUCUGUUGCAGAAAGCCUGUGCCGUGGAUAUCAGCAAAUAUUGCAGUGCUAUACCUCAAGGCGCGGGAAGACAUAUAAUGUGCUUGCAAAAUGCACUGGAAGACAGCAACAAACCAUUGCAACCUGAUUGCUACAAAAUGCUGACUACGAGGAUGGAAAUGUUUAAAAAUGCUGCCAAGUUGAUCGCGCCAAACACAUUCGAGGAGUUAUACUCGACGGUGAAUCGUUCCCCAGCGCGGCGUUACUUCAUGAUCGCCGGUUUUACCAUGAUCGGGAUGAUCUUCAUGAUCGGUAUGUUCUUCGGCCGCGUGACCAGGCGAACGAUGAUAAUGAAGAACAAGUGACGACACAGCCGGGGCCCGUCCACUAGUGAAAUGACUUUCGUGAAAUUAGUCGAAGGAUUGUAAUAGAUACUAUAACACAAAUGUGUGUUGACCUGAACGACGACACGGAGUGUAAGUUCACGAGAAUAAGAGAAGAAACAUCGUCUUUUUUAUACCUUCGUUUACGAAGCUUUUAAAAUGCGGAUCUUUGUAUUUAAUAAUAUCGGGGGAAGGCUACGAGAUUUUUUGACGUGGCUGUUAAAUACACGCGCAUAAUGCAAAAAAAAACGGAGAUUGUAAGCGUCUAAGAAUAUAUGAAUAUUCGAGGAUUUAACAACGUAAGGAGAUUUAAAUAUCUAGAAAUACUAUACGUUACUGUAACAUUAUGAUUCCAAAAAUACAGGGUGUUCUAUAGGAUUUGUAACGAGCUUCGAGAGCUCUUUAUACUCGCCAGGAAGAAAUGUUUUUAAGUUCGUUACAAGAAGUAACGAAAGAAAAACUAUGUUAUUUGAUAUUAUGACUUUAUAUUCUGCAGAUCCGGAUUACCGCGAGAGAAGAGGAGAUAUUAAUUCCGAGUAGGAUUGACUUUUAAGAUUUUUAACAAAUCUGUUUUUAAAAGCAAUAAUUCUCUUGUUUUUCAAAGCGAGCGACACUACUUCAAUUUUAUCUGCGAAAAAUUUGUUUGAAAACAAGGAAUAAAAAACAGUGAAAUAAAA